AUGGGCAAUAUACCGCAUGCAUGGCUUGCCGUUGCGGGUUCCUUCCUCGUUUACUUCGCAUCUUUCGGUGUCGUGAACAGCUUCGGCUUCUUCCAGACCUUUUAUCAACAAGAGUACCUGAAGAAUUACUCGCCCACCGCCAUUUCCUUCAUCGGAACCCUGCAGAUCACCCUGAUGUAUCUGUCGGGUGCUGUUGCCGGAGCACUGUUUGAUCUCUACGGUCCCAAAUGGCUCUACCUGUUCGCUGCCAUUGGUGGUGCCGGCUCCAUGCUUGCGACAUCCUUCACGCAGCCGAAUGCAAUCUGGCAGCAAUUUCUGGCCCAAUCUCUUCUCUUCGGCCUUACAGUCGCCUAUGGAGUGCAACCCGCUCUCACGGUUGCAGGGCAGUAUUUCCACCGCAGGCGUGCUCUGGCCAUGGGAAUCGUCGCCUCCGGUAGCAGUUUCGGAGGAGUCUGCCUGCCAAUCAUGUUCUCCAAACUGAUUCCCACCAUUGGUUUCCCGUGGGCACUGCGUGUCGGGGCUCUGAUCAUGGUCAUCUGCUACGCUAUAGCCAUAGUCGUCUCCUCGUCCAAACGGCCCAAGAGGAAGAUGAGAUCUUUUAGGGAUCUGCUUGACUACAAAGGCUUUCUCGACAUCCGAUACUCUUGUCUCUCAGCCGGAGCAGUCAUCUCAAGUCUCGGCAUUUACGUUCCGUUUUACUACAUUGAGCCGUUUUGCGUCGCCCUUGAUCCGAACUCGACCAUUCGGCCUUACCUUCUCCCGCUGAUCAACGCGGCCAGUCUUUUUGGUCGUAUCAUUGGCGGUCACGCGGCGGACCGCAUCGGACGCCUGAACUUUCUCUACCCCAUGAUCCUUCUAUGUGGGCUUUUGUGCGUGGCGAUGUGGCUCCCUGCUACAACCCCUGGCGUUCUGGCUGGUUUUGCCUGCCUCUACGGCUUCGCAUCUGGGGUUUUCAUCUCAGUCAUGCCUGCCGCCACCGGCCAAAUCAUCCCUGCUGAUAGGCUGGGCGCAAGACUCGGCGCUUUUGGCACCGUUACGUCUAUGGCGUUUUUGACUGGCAGCCCAAUCGCUGGCGCGUUGAUUACAAGCGAGACCCGAGCCGGGUACCAUUCUCUGAUAAUCUUUGCAGGGUGUUGUCUGCUCGGAGGAGGAGCCAUCAUCUUCGUUGCUCGACUCCUGCACGACAGAAACCUCAAAAGCAAAUGGUAA